AACCGCGUCAACGUCAAGCAAGUUCAAACUUCAAAGUCAAGUCGCAAAUGCGUGAUUUGUUUUAGUGCAUUAAAGCAUUUUUGUGAAAAAGUAAUCCGCUGCUUAUUACUAAUAACAAUCAAGUUUUAAAAAUGCCGUCAAAGCAGAGAAAAAUCGCUAUGAUGGGUUACAGAUCAGUCGGUAAAUCAUCUCUAAUUAUUCAGUUCGUAGAAGGACAGUUCGUGGAUUCAUAUGACCCCACAAUCGAAAAUACGUUUACAAAGUUCAUACGACUGAACUCCACUGAAUAUGAGGUGAAGCUUGUGGACACGGCGGGGCAGGAUGAGUUCAGCAUAUUCCCUCUUCAGUACAGCAUGGAUUUCCAUGGCUAUGUUCUGGUGUACUCCAUUAACUCCAGUAAAAGCUUUCAGAUUGUUCAAAUCAUUUACGACAAAUUGCUGGACAUGGUCGGAAAGAUACAUGUACCCAUAGUAUUAGUCGGCAACAAAACAGAUCUGCAUCUUGAAAGGAAGAUCAGUACAGAGGAGGGCAAACGGUUGGCAGAGAAGUGGAAAGCAGCCUUUGUUGAGACCAGUGCUAAACGGAACGAGUCAGUGACGGACUUGUUCCACGCCAUCCUGCUGGAAAUAGAGCGCUCGGACGGACACAUAAAGGAGAACGGCAACGGCUGUGUGUUGUGCUAAUUGAACAAACAACUGUGCUAUUUACUUAAGCUGAAGUGAACUAGAUCUAAUUUUAGAUUAUGCCUAGCUCAUACGGGUUAACGCUGUGUUACUCCUUCCUAAAUCUCUGACUUAUUAAGCUAAUUUUGAAAGUGUAACUGCAUUUAUAAUCCUAAUUUAAAAUGCUAAAUGUGGUUACACUUUCCUAAUAGGUAAAGAAAUCAUUUGGGGUGCAAAUUUAUGGAAGGUGUAAUACAGUAUUUAGUAUCAAGUGGGUAGAAUAGAAACAGAACUGUGAGAACUAGUUAUACGCGGAAACUUGUCAUAAUCGGAGCUACUAGGAGAGACCGAGGUAAGUUGAAACAACGUCAAUUUCGCGCUAUCUUUAAUCGUCUUGAAGCAAGGACGCAUAUUGAGGUACCCGCCGACGGUGGGGCGUGGCUAAACAUCGUUUUUUCCAGCUCAAUAACAAUUAUAGAUGUCUUAAAAUUGACGUUGUUUCAACUCACCUCGGUCUCCCCUACUGUUGGAAUACUGAUUAAGUUAGUUGCCUUACACACUUGAUACUAAUCCCCUUAUACAAUAGCAAUGGUUGAAGCAUUAUUUGGAAGCAUAAAUGUGUGAGCAUAAGCCUGUACAUUUUGUUUAUAAGUUAUGCUUUAUAUGCUCUUACCUCAUAGUUUGGUUGACCAGUGAUUAUUAUAGUUAAAUAGUCAGUAAAUUGCAGAAUGUCAUGGGACCUUGUUCCUACCUAAAGUCUGUACCUCAGCAUAUGAUGUUUGGAGAUGUUUUUAUAACACAACAGUGGCAAACUAGCUUACCUGGCUGUAAGCUAGUAGGCAAACACAUUGGUCCGUCCAAAGGUAUGACAUGCAAGUUGCCGAUCCUUACGAGGGUUUGUUCUGUUGACAGUUUAAGGUCGUUCGUUAUAUAAUGCAGGUCGUUUGCCAUCGAUACAGACCAUUCUCAGGAUCUCUGGCAAUCUUAAGCUCGUCACAGACGGAGUGAUAAUAUAUCGCCAGAUACCGACAGAUAUCUUAAGUAUCGUUAAGCACCACACACGCCUACAAUACCAAAAUAUAUAUCGCUCUCUGUCUAGCACCUACAUUGCUACAAGAUCUGCAGAUGCCUUGCGAUAAGAUAUCGGCAGAUACCAAAAUAUAUAUUACAGCUUCGUGUGUGGACUCUGUCAAAUAGUACACCGUAAAAGAUAUCGUAAGAUGCCGUAUCUGCCGAUAUAUUAUCGCUCCGUCUGUGACGGGCUUUAUCAUCCUAACCACUUGUACACCUUAUGUAUUUGCAAUAAGGGUUACUUAAUGAACUGAACGGUGUAUUUAUGGUCUUAUGUAACACCUCCAGCCAAUAUGUGUUGAGUUAUAGAACUUGAAAUUGAAUAUACAAACUGUACAUAUUGCAUUAAAUGGAAUAUUUUAUUACAUACAUACAUAGUUGUAGCAUUUUGUUUUUGAAAGGUUGCAUUUAAUUUGGAAUUUAUGUAGGAGUUAUUGUAAGUGCUUACAAAAUUUGAAGGAUCAUCUUAAUAGUUAUUAUUGUUUAACACAGUCUCAAAUAUUUGAAACUUAAAACACUAUACACAUUUAGCAGCUAGAAAUUGUUGAUUGGUUUAUCUUUGUGUAUUUUAACAGGUCAUUUGCAGAUAACUCUUAGAUAAAGUAUUGACCUUCUCGGUGUCUAGCAACAUACAAAUGAACAUUUGUUUAUAAACAUAGAUUACACGCCCACUAGAUCGAGUAAGAUGACUUGCGUCUACGACACCGUACGCGUACUCUUAUGUUUAUUUAUAAUCAUCAGUCUAUCACAGCUGGAAUCCGUAAAUGCUAGUUGUAUGUUACUGUAUGAGCCACAGAAAGUAACCAGCUUAGCGAAGUAAGUUACAGUUUUACGAUUCUAAACCAGCAGUAUUGGUGCAUUCCACGAGAAUGUCCUUUACGAAACGCCGUUCUUUUAAUAGUUCUGAAAAGGCUGAGAAAAUGAUAUUGGGUCUGGUAAUAAAUUCAUGACUGCUAACAAAUUGGCAGUAUAUUCUCGAGCUUUACGGAUUUGAUUGAAUUAGCUGCCAUACAAGGCAAAAGCAUUUCGUAAGGGACAUUCUCGUGGAAUGCCCCUAAUCUUGGUGAGACUUGUUAGCUGUACGUCCAACCAUUCUCAUGGCAACCCUAGGUAUGGUGAAGCAUGGUAUUCAAAUUGACAUCAAUUAGCCUAAAAGCAAAACAGUCACACGGGUAAUUUCAUUACCAUUCAGAUCUCAAAAUUUCGUUACGUUUAGUUAAGUUUUGGAGGAGGAAACAGUCGAGUACGAUACCUCGUUUUUUGAUAUUUUUACGCAGGAUUUUUCGUAUAACCUGGCGUUGUCCUUAUCGCACUAGUUUUAGGAGCCGCUUUCGUUACCGAGACGGAUAUAUUCACCUAAAAUCUUUAAAUCUCAGCUCCCAUAUCCUCUUAAUAGACGAAUCACGAAAUGGACGAACUCCGUAAUGAUAAAUCGCGAAAUGGACGAAGUGCAGUGACAAAUCGCGAAAUGGACGAACUCCGUAAUGAUAAAUCGCGAAAUGGACGAAAUACAGUGACAAAUCACGAAAUGGACGAACUGCGUAUUGACGAAUCACGAAAUGGACGCAUCACUUAUGGACGAACUGCGUAGUAGACGAUUGGAUGAAAUACGAUUUGGACGAACUGCGUAUUGGACGUACAGCUAACAAAUCAUUGGAAUACCUUGAUUAGUUUAAACUUGUAAAAUUGUAGGCUGUGGCUUCGUGAAACGGGUUACUGUUUAAUUCUUGUUGUUUUGACUGUGGAAUAGCGAGAUUGAGUUUAUUAAACAUGAUAAUUCUCAGGUCAUUUUAUGGGAUUGCUUACAUCAAGGACAAAAGUUAUCGUCUGGUAAUCAUAUUUAUUUUUUUGGUAGGUAUUUUUUUUAUGUUUUAAAAUCUAAAGAUAAAUUUAUUUAUGUUUUAGUAACUGGUUCAAAUGCUGGGUUAUUGUUAUGUUAUGACCGAUUGAGUUCAACAAUGAUUGAAUUAUCUUUCAUGUAUUUAAAGGGGCCCAUUGACUAUCAGUCCGUCGGACGAAAUCGGCCUGUCAUUUGUUCGGAACUGUCAAAUUUUUGUUCUAACUGACAGGCCGAUAUCGUCCGGCUUACUGAUACUUAGUCAGUGCUGGGCCCCUUAAGUGAGAGUAGUGCAAGAAAGGUCUAAGCCAUACCUAUUUUAAUAAAAUAAACCUGUAAUGGGAAUUUUACGGAUUGGACCUUUAUCGCACAGCUACUUCCAAGUGUAGAUUUAGUUCCUACUUUUAAUUUGGAAAAAUAGAUUAAAUUAUUUACAUGGCCAAUAGUGGUAUAUAAAAAUGAGUCUAAAUAUUCAGAUUUAUGAACAAUUCUACUAUUUACUCUCCUUUUUUUAAAUCAUAUCUGUGCCGUGUUUGGCUAUACAAACAAAUAAAUGUUUGAUUUGAUUGUAAAAUUACGUAAGAGGCCUGCCUGGUCGCAGAUUUGUCCUUUCAUACUUGUAAUUGGGUGCCUCCUAUAUUAUUAUAAUUUUAUACUAAGUUUGUUAAAUAAUUUAUAGCGGCGAUUCAUCUCAGACAGCGAGAUUGCACUUUCUUUAGCAAGUAAACAUCUCUUUCAAUCCGUAUCAGAGCAAGAGUCAGCAGGUGAAGUAGCUACGCGGCCGAGUUUUUCAAAAUGACCUACCCCAGGACCUACCCACGCUCUUAUUCUCUUAGUAAUAAAAUAGUGAUGGUUAUUUUAAACUCCUCUGGCUUGCUGACUGGACAAUAACUUAAUUUUUUUAAAUUACUAAAUUAUGUACGUACGUUUGCUUUCUUUUGAUGGCGUAAGGGAGUGGUCAUAAUAAAAAUCGCUGAACCUAUGUCUAAUAUAUCUACCCAUAUCCAUAUCUGUGUUCGAAUAACGUUCGGCAGUAAUGGGAAGCAAAAGGUUUGUCACAUGCAAACUUUUACGGUACAGAAUAAGAGUAGAAAUUUACGAUUCAAUUUUCCUCCGCUUAUCAGCAUUGUUAUCCAUUGACGGUUUUUAGGCGCAAGUUGUAUUUUCAUGUAUCAUAAUACGGCAUCACUGCAUGAGAUGAAAUUGUCGACAUUAUAUUUAAUUUUCUGCUAGCAUAUAGUUUCUAAUUUAUGUGUAAAUACCAGGAAUGGGCGUGGGCAAAAGUAUAGACAAUUGUAAACAUAAGUAUAGUGCGCACAGCAGUCCAAAAAGAGUACAGUAGGAUAAGGUGUGAUGUUUGUAUUGCUCGAAAAUUGAACGGUAUAACAUGUGUUGUUAAAGGCGUUUUAUUUGACGAGGGUCCUAUUUUACAAUGGUAGCUUUAUAAAAUAGGGCCUUGCCUUGCCUUUAUAAGCUGCUGACAUGCAUAGGUACUUGAAAGUAACAUAAUAGCGGAAGCCGCUCGACCCCAAUUUCAAAGGAAUACCGCAAAUCGAUGUACAGGUUAGCCGUUUGGCACACGCAUACUAGAGGUCGAAACAAAAUUUUUGAUAAUUAAAACAAAAAGAAUUUUCGAAACAUACCAAGUUUGGGCUCCUCCAGAUACGAUAUGGCAGAUUUUUUUUUUGUACAAUAUACCACAAAUGAUACGUGUUAUCCUCAUGUCUAACCCCAAGAAAGCAAUUUUGAAAAUAAUAUCACUAACAUUUUUUUUUAAAUUUUUCAAUUUUACAAAGUGACACAGUUCUACUUCAAUACCUAUUUCACGAGACUUAUGGAACUAUACUGCAGAUACGGUACAUAUUAAUCAUAAAAUGAUAGGUAAUAUUCAUAUAUCCAACGGGAAAUACCUCUUUAACCCUUUAACUGCGCCUUUUCAUCAGUUGGUAUAAUUUGUUUAGUUAUUGACACAAAAUAUCAAGGUUGUAUCCUCCAGCUACGAUAUACCUUACUGAUUUUUUUUGUACAAUAUACCACAAAUGAUACGUAAUAUCUUGAUAUCGAACCCCAAGAAAGCAAUUUAGAAAAUAAUAGAGAAAAUAAACCACACGAUAGGUUUUGGACAAAAAAUUUUUUUUCCAUACAAAAAAAAAAUGUUUUACCACUCCUCCCCAGCGAAAUUUUUUUAGGAACUGCGGGGCAAAAAUUUUGUUUUGGCCUCUAGUAUGUGUGUGCCAAACGGCUAACCUGUACAUCGAUUUGCGGUAUUUUUAUACGAACGGGUUAGACUAUAAGUCUACUGGAAUCAUUUGCGUUAAAAUCAUAUCUACAAGAGUUCAUUGUUUCAAAAUAUUUGACGAGUUCAAUAGAUGGCGCUGUUUGUAGUCAGUAAUCUUAUUGUCUAGAUCAUUGACGUAUAUUAACCGGAUUAACCCUUCGUAUGCCCCUGUCAAAAAGUUGCUACUGAAUUAAUCUUUUGAAAUUAUUUUAUAAAUUACAGUCCAAAUUGUCCGGGACGGAUACGGGACAAGGCAUACGAAAGGGUAAAAUAAAUUAUAGGUAGUACAUUAAUGUCGAGAUACUACUUUGAUGCCACGAACUCUUAAAAGCAGUGUCAGCAAGUUAGGCAAAGUCAAAUAAGUAGCGAAUUGGAGAUUGUAUUGGAUAAUGGAUUGAAUUGGAGUAGAUUUCUUGGAAGUUCUGAUAUCCAGAUCCAGUUUACGAAAAAAAUACCAUCUACAAAAACUGAAAUGAUUUGAGAUAAACUUACGAAAACGGUCAUUAGGUACAAUUUGAAUCUUCUUGUCGAGACAUUAGAGUCUAUUUCAAAUAGAUUAUUUUGUAAACGCAGUUAUCCCACAUAAUUCUCACAAACGUCAGCAAUACACACAUUGUAUAGUCGACGUCAAAGAUAUGCAGUGGCGUAGCGUGAACUAAUCUAGCCGUGGGCGAAAUCGCAUCUGCGAGGCCCUUUUUUUUCACUGUGCCCGAGAAUGGGCGUCGCGCGAGGCCCCCCUUGAGGCGAGAGGCCGUGGUCGACGGCCCACUUCGCCUACGCCUAGCUACGCCACUGAAGAUAUGUUUACAUUUUUCGCCUUGUUAGCUACAAAAGAUCAAGGUGCAAAAGUGUAAACGCAUAUUUGACGUCUACUGUACAAAACCAGAAGCGUUGCCACGAAUUUGAUCUGCAACUUUUGUCACACUUUGUAACAAAUGUUCUACUGCGAUGAUACUUACUCUGUACUUCCAAUUAAUCUAUUCUAAUGUGUAUAUAAUGACUAAUGAGAAUCGAAUUUAUUAAGGCGUGUGUGCAUUGUGAGGAUUUGUAUUGGAUUAAUCUAUGGUUAAGUAUUUGGACGGUCGUGACGUAAGGUUGACCUAAAGUUGCUGGCGACUAUAGAUGUCAUCGGUGCUGGUUUACUAUACAUUUUGUAGGCGACUGUCCAUAGUAAUUGGCCACUCCAUACCGGGCAGAAAGAAACAAGGCAAUAGAAGUCUUAUUGUUAAGAGUGGCCAACAACUAUAGCAGUCACCCUAUACGUAUCCGUAGGAUCUUUGUUCCGUUUCACUGGCGUUACCUACAAAAAGUUUUCGCACCUCAGUGGAAAUAAUGCUACGGCCCACAGCGAAGCACACGUGCGUUCUGAAAGAUUUUUCGUAGCGUUUUACGUUAAACUACGGAUGUGUAAACGGCGUGUAACCCGAGUAGGCCUUGAAAGAAUAGCUUGAUAUCACUAAUUGCUGCAUUGGUCUCUUACUAUCGUCUCUAAAGGGCUACCGCGAAUAGGUACCUGAAUUCAAAAAUGAUCUAUCUCAGGGGUCUCUAAACUUCGGCCUGCAGAACGGAAGCGGGAGAGCCGAAGUGAAAGCAGCCAUAUUAAGUUUUAACCGGCACGAUGUAUUACCUACCGCAGGUGCAGUUCAGCUCUCGUGUCAACGCGUCAACCGCUGUUCUAUCUGCAUCUCAAAAAAAAUUGAGGCAAUAGCGAUAGAGAUUCAGAAAGAUGAUUUCGAGUUUCGACCUUCGCGGUAGCCUAGCGCGGUAUCGUGUUGUUGGUGUAAUUUGCACAUAACUGUUAUUUAGAUUUAAAAAACAGACCACUGCCAAGUAUUUAUAUUAACUUAGUUCAGCAAUAUUCGUGAACACGGAAUUUGUUUGUUUGAACAUAACGUGGCUUAGUAUCAGAGAAUGGAACAUUGUUAUGAAAGUAACAUUUUACCCAUGUGGCGGCUUCAUUUGCACAAUAGAUUAAUAAGAGAUCAUGUUAAUAAGUUAAUUAUUUUUGUCCUACACAAAAGUUGUUCAGUGGUUUUGUAUUUAGCUCUACAGUGCACUAUCACAUAAAUAGCUACCUUGAUAACUGCCUGCAACUGUGAAUGUAAUAUAACAUACCAAUUACUUAAUUAAUUGUGUGUAAUUAUAUAUAUAUGUUAUUUAUAGUUCUUUAUUUGUAUAUAGUUAAUUAUACGUUACAUUAAACAAUUGCGAAUA